AUGACUGGAAACAACCAAAGUGUCCUCUCCCAGUUCUUCCUUCUGGGCCUGUCCAUCCCCCAAGAGCACCAGCUCCUGUCCUAUGCCCUGUUCCUGGCCAUGUACCUCAUCACUGUCCUGGGGAACCUCAUCAUCAUCAUCCUCAUUAUAUUGGACUCCCAUCUCCAUACACCCAUGUACUUGUUUCUCAGCAACUUGUCCUUCUCUGACCUCUGUAUCUCCUCUGUCACAAUGCCCAAAUUGCUGCAGAACAUGCAGAGCCAGGACCCAUCUAUCUCCUACGUGAGUUGUCUGACACAAAUGUACUUUUUUAUGGUUUUUGCAAAUAUGGAGAGCUUACUUCUUGUGGCCAUGGCCUAUGACCGCUAUGUGGCCAUCUGCUUCCCCCUUCAUUACACCAGCAUCAUGAACCCCAAAUUCUGUGCUAGUCUAUUGAUGCUAUUGUCAAUGCUGACCACAUUUCACGCCACAAUGCACACCCUACUCAUGGCUAGAUUGUCUUUUUGUGAGAACAAUGUGAUCCCCCACUUUUUCUGUGACAUAACUGCAGUCAUGAAGCUGGCCUGCUCAGACACUUAUGUUAAUGAAUUGAUGAUAUUUAUCAUGGGCGGGCCCUUCAUUAUUGUACCAUUCCUACUCAUUGUUACAUCCUAUGUAAGAAUUAUCUCCUCCAUUCUCAAGGUUUCUUCUACCCAGAGUAUCCACAAGGUCUUCUCCACCUGUGGAUCCCACUUGUCUGUGGUGUCUCUGUUCUAUGGGACAGUUAUUGGUGUUUACUUAUGUUCAACAGCUAAUAAUAGUUUUACUGUAAAGGAGACUGUCAUGGCUAUGAUGUACACAGUGGUGACUCCCAUGCUGAACCCCUUCAUCUACAGCCUGAGGAACAGAGACAUGAAGGGGGCUCUAAUAAGAGUUAUCUGCAAUAGGAAAAUCUCUUUGUAA